AUUAACUUUUGUUUUUGUAUUGAAGCUUAGAACUAUCUAGAAAGCCUUGGCAAGUGAUUGAGAUAUCAAUGCACACAAUGCGAUGGCUCUUUUUAUUGAACUCACACUCCCUAGAUCUCCCAACAUCAUGAAAAUCUCGCCUUGUUCGCCUCCAUCUUGUCUAUGACUGAUCGAUUGGUUAUGUUUGCAUGAAAACUUUAGUUCAUUAACAGGGCAAGUGGUUUGUCCAACUUUCUCAAUCUACAUUCUAAUUGCAACUUGCUUGAAAGAAAAUAUUUUAUUAGACUCGUAAGGAUUGGUAAUUGCUUGACGCAACACCUCAAUUUCCAUAUAUUUUUGAUAGGCUUGGUUGGCAAAUUUCGCAUUAAUUAUGUUUUUGUGCCAGACCCAAUAAAAAAUUCUUCUUGUUAAGCUGCUAGGGAGCACAUUGUGGUUAAAGGGGUUGGGCAUGUGUUUAUCACUAAGAAAGGUAUUAUUCUGUUCAGUGGCUGAGAAAAUGUAGAGAGAAGAAAUUUUGAAAGCUUACAAGUGUUUGCACGAAAUAGAGAGCAUAAAGAUAAAAUAUUUCAAUAGCUGCAAAGAGAAACUAAAAGAUAGAAAGCAGGAGAACUAAGGCACGUGACAUCCUUUAAUUUAACCUUGAAGGAAGAUAAAUGACUUCCUUUAGACUCCCUUAUAUAGAGAUUCCAAGCUCUUUUUCUCUCCAUCCUUAUCCAGCCCAUCUCUAUCCUUCCAAAUCAUGGCAAAGCUUGGCCUUUCCCUGCUACUUGUCUGCUCUAUUCUUCACAUGGUUGGCACGGUGGACUCUGCGGCUGCCAGAAACUCUGCUGCCACAAGCUUCAUUAAGGCCUCAUGCAGGGUCACUCGGUAUCCUGUGCUAUGUUUUCAGUGCCUUUCAGGCUAUGCCAGCACAAUUCGACAGAGUGACCGACAGUUGGCUCUAACUGCUUUGUCAGUGAGCCUAUCCAGGGCUAGAUCCGCCACCGUGUUUGCCUCCAAGCUGACUAAGGUUAGGGGACUCAAGCCUAGAGAGCACGAAGCAGUGAAAGACUGCAUAGAGAACAUGGCUGAUACUGUAGACAGGUUAAGCCAUUCGGUCCAGGAGCUUGGCCGCACUGGGAAAGCAGUGAGCCAGGACUUCAUGUGGCAUAUGAGCAAUGUCCAGACCUGGGUCAGCGCCGCCCUCACCGACGAAAACACUUGCCUCGACGGCUUUGCGGGGCGCGUCAUGGAGGGAAAUGUGAAGACUGCCGUUAGGCGCAAGGUCAUCGACGUGGCACAAGUCACUAGCAAUGCCCUUGCAUUGAUCAAUCGCUUCGCUGCGAAACCAAGGCAUUAGAUUUGGUGUUGAGACUUGAGAGAGGAGUCAGCUUGCUGCUUUUAUGUGUGAAUACUACAUGUUAUGCCUAAGGUUUGUACCAUGAAGCCGGUUUAGAUUUAGCGUUGGAGAUUCUGUGCUUGCUAGCUUGUGUGUGGGUGUGUACUAAUACACGAUCUCUCUCAAUCAAGGCUUGUAACUGGCUCUGUUCUUCUUGUAUAAAAUGAGGUGGUUUUGUUUGUGAGAAAAUGAUGGGUUCACCCCACUGUUAGGCCAAAUUCCUCUCGGUAUCAUAUAAUAUUAUAUCCAUAUGAA